AAUAUGCAUCACAUCUGCAAGUAGUCGCCGACCACCGGUAACACACUGCAAGUGUCUGUGAUUGGUCAAAACAUCUCCAGUACAGGGUAGCAGAAGCCGAAAGUGUUUCAUAAAACUGUUUGUACCUAUAUUUGAAAUUUAAUUUAAUCGUUUUAUUUGUAUGCGCAUUUUUCUGUCGACGUUUCGUUACGUUAAUAAAAUGGUUCCCAACGUAGUAUUUGUACUAGGAGGACCCGGUUCCGGUAAAGGAACUCAAUGUGCGAAAAUUGUCAAGGAGUUCGGAUAUGUUCACCUAUCCGCGGGUGAUUUGUUGCGUGAGGAACGCCUGAAUCCGAAGUCCGAAUUUGGGGAAUUGAUUGAGGAAUAUAUACGAGAAGGAAAAAUUGUGCCCGUUGAUAUUACGUGUAGUUUAUUAGAACGAGCAAUGGAGAUCUCUGGGAAAGACAAAUUCUUAAUUGAUGGAUUUCCUCGAAACCAAGAUAAUUUGGAUGGCUGGAAUCGGCGAGUUGCUGACAAAGUUCACUUGCAAUUCAUUCUGUGCUUGGAGUGUCCAAGUUCGGUUUUUAUGGGGAGACUAAUGGCAAGAGGAGCUGCUGGAAGUGGUCGUUCAGAUGAUAAUCUGGUGUCCGCUCAAAAACGUCUUAACAUUUUCACUAAUGAAACCACACCAAUUAUAGAUCAUUAUCGUAAUCUGAAUAUGGUGCGCACGGUUGAUGCCACACAGUCUAUUGAAAAAGUGUUUGAGGAUAUAAAAGUACUUUUUAAGAGCGUAGAAGGAAACAGUGAAGUUUAACUCCAUUGCUAGUAUGAUCCAAAAUUAUAUUUAAUGUUACUGUAAGAGAACAAUUUAUUAAGUAUAUGAAUAUGUUACAAAAGAGUAUAGUUUAUGUUUCAUUUGUUUAGCAUUUAAGUUAAGUCAAAGUUUUAGUUAGUUAGUAAAAUGUAUAGCUUUACAUUUAGCAUUUUUGUUUAGAAGACUAGAAAUAAUUUGUUUAUGUUCCUUUUUAAAAUAAAAUCUCUGUUGUGCAAG